AACAGAGAAAGUAUCUCUCCAUGGAACUUUCGCAUGAAAGUCAGGAUUGCUUACGCUGUCAUAGGUGUGUUCAUUGGUGUUUCUGUCUUGAUCGUAUUUGGAUACAAGUAUUCAAACUGGGACGCAGCCUUAUGGGGACUGACAUCUGGUAUUGUGGCAGGCUUGACACUUCUAGUGCAUAUAUACUACUGCAGGAAGGUAGCCAAGGGAUUGCACAUACAACCCACUUCUCUCAGUAGAUGUAUGUUGUUAGCUUGUUUUAUCCAGUUGGCUGGUGUUUGUGGAUUUGUGGUCUACCUUACGCUAGCAGUCACACAAGGACAAGGUUUACAAUUAUAUGGGGCGGGCUAUUAUCUGACUCUGGUUUGGUGCUUUAUGACGUGGAAAUGGGGAUUGAUCCUGUUGCUGACAGCUCGGAGGUAUCGGAACCAAUUCUACGAAGUGUACACCAUUUUACCGAAAUCUGAGAAUUUCUAGCUUUCCGAGAAAUAAUCAUAUAUUUGGUUGUUAUAUCAUAAUUUCCAUUUCAGCUUAUUGUAAAUUGACAUUAUAAUGAACAUUAAAAUCCUUAAGCAUCGUUAAUUUCAUUAAAACACUUAACGCAAAUUUCUCCCAAUAGUCAUCCUAGAUACUCCAGGGGUCACUUUCGCUCUCUGCACCACUGGAACAAGUCCUGUCAAAAUUGAAGACACAAGCGAAAUAAUUCGAUUGAUCUAGAGCGGAUGUCGGGGAAAAAAUGACUAACCCAUAUAUAUACGCUCAUUUGAAGAUUACAAAGGAACAACACCUAACUUACAAGAUAAUAUAAUGCAACAUUCUGCGACCUCGAGAUUCGUUUUAUGUACAUCAAAGGACAAAAACUAGUCUUCUCGUCUUAUCCACAAGGUGUCGCACAUGAAUCUUCAAUUUUGCCAGGACAUGAUCAAAUGGUGCUGAGAGUGAUAGUGAACGUUAUCCCUGGAGUAUUGUGGAUGCCCAAUAUUUUCAUAAGUUUUAAGACGUUUGAUUUUGAAUAAUCAAAACACGACAACGUUUUAAAAACGUAAACAGGCAAUUUUGAUAACUUAAAAUACACAUGCAUAUGCUUCUACCACUUUUCAUCAUUAAGCAUUCAUUAUGUUGGGUGAUAACUUGCAACCAUUUACGUGCUAAAAUCAACUAUGCAUAUUUUUAUGAAAAUACAUUUUGGAGACGACAGUUUGGAAAUAGUGCCUUAAAUCAACAGACGUAAAAUUGUUAUUUAUUUAUUCAUUAUUGUGAAUGUCUCCUGCAUUACACACAAACCAUAUAUUCAUAUGUAUGUCAUUUAUCUUGCUAUGAUUUGUCAUUUCAAGUCGAUUGUAUUGAUGUAUGAUUAGACACGUGUUAUUUAUUUUUAUUUUGUGUGUAUAGUUUAAAUAUGUAUUGAAAAAAGAACCAUGUGUCAAAUGUACUGUUAAUGUGCUUAUACUCACAUUCCACACAUUCCAUUUAUGUCUCAUUUUAGCUAUGACUUUAGCUAUGGUUAUUUCGAUGUAGGAAGAGAAGCCCUUUCUAAUGUAGGUGAAACACAUUGAUGUUAUUUACAUUACAAAUUUCACUGAAAUUAUCAUCAGUGGGAGAGUUAUUCCUCUUUCUAUUACUUACCAGCUUUACCCGAACAAAAUGUUUACAUAGAUGUACAAAUGGUGUCUGCAGGUUUAGAUACACAUGUAAUGUGAUUGGUGAAGCAUUGUCUUUUCUAAACCACAAAUUAAGAUUCGUCUUUGAAUGAGGGAGUGUUCGCUAGCUUACAUGGUAUUUGGUUCUCACGGGCAUUAUUUAGUUGCUUAAGUACACGUAGAGCAAUCUAUGACUUGAUAACUUUUAAUUUGAAAUGCUAUAUAUUUCAUACAAGUUCUGGUGCAAGGUGAUGACGAUAGCGUUACCGAAACAUUGCAUUUAUUUGGUAAAAUAUAAGGACUAAUAUGUAACUUAAAUGUAUACAUUUCUCAACAUGGUACAUAUGCAUUACGAUUAUCAGGACGUCAAGUAUUAACAAAUGCGACUUUCCUAAGAUUGUUUAUUAUUUUUCAUCUUUCUUGGUUAUGUUAUAAUUUGCAUGUAUAAUUCUUUAUACUGUAAAUUACAUGUAAGUUAAAUGUAAACAAAGAGGAAUCCUACAAGGAAAUUCUCUGGUUAUCUAUGGAAGUAUAAUUGCAAUAGGUAUCAGGUUGUGUUAGAAACUUUAUACAAUUUUUGGUUUGCUGUUUUUCAGGAAGCUGAGAAACGAAAUGAUCUGUACUGGCGUGUUUGUGUCCUCGUGGAAGACACGUUUACGUUAUUGCUCUUUAUUAUAUGCAACAAUUUUUUAAGUGAUUUUUUCAACAAAUAUGGACACAUUUUGUUUUGUUUUGUUAUGAUGUAUUUAAUGCUGAAUUCGAAUUCGAAUUCUAUCGUCAUGUUGAUGACCAGAUGACAUAAUUAUAGAAUGUAUCCAGAUAUAGACUGAUUUCAUGGAAGUGAAUGAAAGAAAGGAAAAAAUGAGCAAAAAGAUCGAUAUAUUACGUAUUUCUAAAGACGAAAAGUAUUUUACAGAGAACUACCUGCAAUUCAUGGAACAAAUAAAAUGAGAAAAAAUUAUAGAAUUACGAGAUAUGUGAUAUGUGCGUAAUCGGUACUGAAAUCGAUUUGACAAAAACAAACUCUUAAUUUAUUAUAAAAAAGCAGAGAUGUAGCGUGAGGGGAAGACUUCAUCGUCAGGGAUAAGCCAAACCACGCUUGUCUAUUUCAUUAUAGAUUUAUAUGCAGCUCUUUAACCAGAAGGGUGGUAUAAACUGUAGAUAUUUAAAUAGAGUUCUUUGUAUUUUGAUAUGUACAUCUUUAUUUAUUUUAAUUUGUCUAUAGAAAAGUGUGUUUGUAUCUAUACAGUGCCUUAUAUAUAUAUUCUUAGGUCUUAGGUCAGUAUUUAACUGGUUGUUUCUAUAUUACCUAUUUUGUAUCAAAGAUGUUGUGGACAGCUUUAUAUUAUCAUAUUGGUAUCUUUAUUAUACAGGAGGUAGUUUUUAAUUAUAUUUGUUUAUUUUUCUACGUAUAAUAUCACGAAAUUAAAGCAUGAUGUACAACUGUGCAAUAAAAUACAUGCGCAAAAUUGAGUUUCUUUGUAUCUUGUAAACAGCUCCUAUUCUAUAUAUAAAGUAUAUCAAUUUAUAAUUUACCUUCUUUACCGUUUCU